UCUGGCAUAACAAAAACAUUCUACACACUACGUUGUUUUCCAUUGCCUCACAUUUAAUGUUUUGAAAUCGCUGUUAUCUGAAUAAGGGGCUCACCGACCGGCCCACGGAUUAGCCAUGUCCACCGAAGCCGACCUGCUGCCCAGCGGGCGCAGCAAAUGCGUUAGUCCCGCGACCAAGGAGUCAACUGCCGACACUGGCCUCCAAGUGGACGCCGCCGGAGAUUUGGCUUUGGCUUCUCAAAAUUCCAUUCCUCCAGCUUCCGCCUACACCUGCGAUCCGCAGAAGGGCUCUAUGGACAUGGACAUAGACAACGAUCUUACCACCAACGAGCGGAUGCCGACGGUGGCCGAGCUGGAGCAGCCGAUUGAGUCCAAAACGAAGCCACCGGAGGAAAAGGCGGUGAAGGAGGAGCAGGAGGAAGUGCAGGAGCAGAAGUCACUGGGAGUCUGCGCCGUCCAGCCGCCCAGCUCUCCGACAGCCAUCAAAAUCGAAGGGGAAGACAAGCCAGUGAAGACGCCAUCGCAGCCGCAGGUUCAGGAGGAAGUCGCUCCCAGUUCGCCGGAGACAGCGACGAAUCUCAACCAGAGACCUGCGGGCAAGAUCACCCGUAGCAGUCUGAAUGGCACAGGUAAUCAGGCGCCCACACGGACCCCAGCGAUAAUAAAGCGCCUGCGGAAGAGCACGCGCUUCAAGGCCAAGCAAACGGGCAAGGGCAAUCCCGGAAGCGGCAAUGCCCAGUCAAAUGGCCACAACAGUGGCCCGAAUGGCUCCAUCGGCAGCUCCGUACACCUCGCGGGCGCCGGUGCCCACCCCAGUAAUAGCAACAAGCAUGGCAAGUCCGGUCCAGCGGGUCCAGGCGGCGCCACUGGAGCCCGGAAUCGUCGCGCUCUCUUCAAGAGGCCGGCACAAAAGACGCCCAAGGUGCAGGCGAGCACCAGGUUCGUGAGAAGCGUUUUCUACAAAGGCAGCUACAUGCAGAUCGGGGACAUCGUUAGCAUUGUGGAUGGGGAGCAGAAUCUGUACUACGCCCAGAUACGCGGCUUGCUUGUGGACGCCUAUUGCGAGAAGUCCGCCUUUCUCACCUGGCUGAUACCCACGCAGGACAGUCCGGAUCCCCAGGAGGGGUUCGAUCCCGCCACCUAUCUGAUUGGACCCGACGAGGAGCUGUCCCGAAAGCUCUGCUACCUGGAGUUCGUGAUGCAUGCUCCCAGCAACUACUACUUCGAUCGGAGCACUCCGUUUCCCCUGCCGGACGUGGAUGAGUACGCUGCCCAGCGAUCGGGCGGCUACAUCUGGACGCGGCUGCCGAUGGUGAAGCGGGAAAAGGGGAGUGGCCACAAAGCGGGCGGCGCCUCCUAGCAGAAAAGGUGGCCCAAGGGCAAGAAGGGCGGAGCCUUGAAUUUAAAUAAUUUAAUUUAUUGCAACUUUUACUGUUCGUAAACAGGCUGAUUUGUCGUCUGCUAGCCGACUAAGAAACAAUUCGGAAAGUGCUUGGUGUACUGUAAUCCCAACUGAACUUAAACCAGCAAUCAAUAAAGAAAAUCAAUUUUUGUAAUUAUGGAUA